AUGCGCCAUCUUGGAGUCCCCAGCGGAGAGGAUCGCAGUGGCGGCAUAGGCGGCAGCAGCAGCAGCAUCCUGUCAGUUCCCUUUAAGUGCACCGGAGGCCAGGACCUCCGCGACUGUCUGUCUCUGCGGUGUGGCAUCCACUUCAGCACCCCCCAGCAAGCUCUGCACCUGCCCCUGGAGCCACUCAGGACCCCUGUACUCCGCUGGAGGAUCACUUCCUCUUCAGCCAUGGAGAAGAAAACAUUAUACCCGAUGGAUAAUAACUGGACAUCUAUCAAACAUUUCCAAAUUGUAGCAUUUUCAAACAAUACAGAUAAGAGUCAUAUUUUUUUCCUGAUAUUUUUCAGUAUUUAUAUGUCAGGUUUACUGGGUAAUUUAAUCAUAAUUUCAACAGUGAUCAUUGAUGUCCACCUACAUACCCCCAUGUAUAUGUUCCUCUGCAACCUGUCUGUUGUGGAUAUCAUCUUUACAUCUUCUACUCUUCCAAAGCUGAUGGACAUUUUACUCACAAGAAACUUCUCAAUAUCCUUCACACAAUGCUUCGCCCAAUUGUAUUUCUUCAUGUUUGCAGCCGGCACGGAGGACAUCUUGUUGUCUUUGAUGGCCUAUGACCGAUAUGUGGCUGUCUGUAAGCCCUUACAUUACCACCUCAUCAUGAAUAAGAAGAAGUAUAUCCUCCUCUUAUUGGGGACCUGGAUUUGUGGGUCUGCAAAUUCUGUAUUCAUGACUGUUUCAAUCUACCACUUGGACCUGUGUAGAUCUGAUAAAAUCCAGAAUUUCUUCUGUGAUAUUAAAGCUUUGGAGAAGAUCUCUUGUAAUAACACUAGCUUGCACAUCAUCCUCUAUGUAGAAACGAUGCUACUUGCACUCUGUCCAUUUCUCCUAAGCAUAACAUCCUACAUUAAGAUCAUCAGAAGUAUUUUAGUGAUCAAGUCCACUAACAGUAGAAAAAAGACCUUCUCCACCUGCACGUCCCACCUUACAGUCCUCAUUAUUUUCUAUGGCACUGGACUAUGUAUGUAUAUGAAUCCCCCAUCAGACCAUUUGGAGGUGCAGGAUGUGGUCUACUCAGUUUUAUACACAGCUGUCACCCCCAUGUUAAAUCCUAUUAUAUAUAGUUUAAGAAAUAAAGAGGUCAAGGGGGCAAUGAGCAAGAUUAUUAGUAAUAAAAAAAGGACCAUCUUUCACUGA